GGUGAACCUUUUAUUGAAGAUUUGGUUCAGAGAUAUCCAGCAAGGUUUAUCAGUGGACCUGAUGUUUCAAUAGAACCUCUGUUCUACACAUUUCGAAAAUAUGGUUUAAUUCGUGACAUAAAUUUACAUCAAGAAUCAGCCAAAGAACCUCCACGAUAUGCUUUCAUAGCUUAUUCAAACAUGAGAUCAGCUUCCAGUGCUAGGAAUUGUGUUCAUGGAAAAACAAUUAAUGGCACAAGAUUGAAUAUUUUUUAUGAUCAACCUCUUAAAUCAAAUCUUGUAUAUAAUUGGAUGGUUGCUCAUCCCAGAAUUUCU